UAGGUUUGUAGGAGGUCUGGCUCUGCCUCUACCUACAAAAUGUUAGCUGGCCAAGAAAUAGAAGAAUGGAUCUUUUUAAGAAGAAAGGAAGAAAGUACAUCCUUCCACUUUUGAAAUGUGUUUACAACCAGAGCAACCGUGCUGCUAUACCCACAGUGAUUAGUAGUAACUAACUUCUGCUUCAGAGACCUUUUCCGUGGAUCAUGAGCUACCUUAUUGGCCUGGACUGCCUUGACAUCAUCUCAGAACUAAGCUCUGACAUGAAGAGAUAAUAAUACUGUUGUUAGAGAAAAUCAACUGUUGUGCUCAGAUGAAACAAACUAAAUCAGAACUGUCAGAACAAUGCACACAGGCUAUGAGAAGACAGAUGAUGUUUCAGAGAAAACUUCUCUAGCUGAUCAAGAGGAACUGAGAACUAUAUUCAUCAAUCAGCCCCAGCUAACCAAAUUCUGCAAUAAUCAUGUCAGCACUGCAAAGUACAACAUAAUCACAUUCCUGCCAAGGUUCCUUUAUUCCCAGUUCAGAAGAGCUGCUAAUGCAUUUUUUCUUUUUAUUGCGUUGCUUCAGCAAAUACCAGACGUAUCACCAACAGGCCGUUACACAACAUUGGUCCCUCUCUUAUUUAUUUUAGCUGUAGCUGCAGUGAAGGAGAUAAUAGAGGAUAUUAAAAGGCAUAAAGCUGAUAAUGCGGUGAACAAGAAACAAACUCAAGUACUGCGAAAUGGUGCAUGGGAGAUUGUCCACUGGGAAAAGGUAGAUGUUGGAGAUAUAGUUAUAAUAAAAGGCAAAGAGUAUAUACCUGCUGACACUGUACUGCUCUCAUCAAGUGAACCACAAGCUAUGUGCUACAUCGAAACAUCUAACUUAGAUGGUGAGACAAACUUAAAAAUUCGACAGGGUUUGCCACUAACAUCAGACAUAAAGGACAUAGAAAGCUUAAUGAGACUUUCAGGCAGAAUUGAAUGCGAGAGCCCAAACCGACAUCUCUAUGACUUUGUUGGAAACAUCAGACUGGAUGGGCAUGGUACUGUUCCAUUGGGAUCUGAUCAGAUUCUUCUACGAGGAGCUCAGUUGAGAAAUACUCAGUGGGUUCAUGGGAUAGUUGUCUACACAGGACAUGACACAAAACUUAUGCAGAAUUCAACAAGUCCACCUCUUAAAAUGUCUAAUGUGGAACGAAUUACGAAUAUUCAGAUUUUGAUUCUGUUCUGCAUCCUUAUUGCCAUGUCUUUGAUCUGCUCUAUUGGUUCAGCUAUAUGGAAUCGAAGGCAUACUGGAAAAGAUUGGUACCUUGAUCUAAAUUAUGGUGGAGCAAGCAACUUUGGGUUGAAUUUCUUGACUUUUAUCAUUCUCUUCAAUAAUCUUAUUCCAAUCAGUUUGUUGGUUACGCUUGAAGUCGUUAAAUUUAUCCAGGCAUAUUUCAUAAAUUGGGACAUAGACAUGCACUAUGAACCUACAGACACUGCUGCGAUGGCUCGUACUUCCAAUCUCAAUGAAGAACUCGGACAGGUCAAAUACAUAUUUUCUGAUAAAACGGGUACACUGACAUGCAAUGUCAUGCAAUUUAAGAAGUGUACUGUAGCAGGAGUUGCUUAUGGCCAUUGCCCUGAGCCUGAGGAUUAUAGUGUUCCUUCAGAUGAUUGGCAGGGCUCACAAAAUGGAGAAGAAAAAACAUUUAGUGACUCCUCAUUACUAGAGAACCUUCAAAGCAAUCAUCCAACUGCACCUAUAAUAUGUGAGUUUUUGACAAUGAUGGCAGUGUGUCAUACAGCAGUUCCAGAAAGAGAAGGUGAUAAAAUUAUAUAUCAAGCAGCAUCUCCAGAUGAAGGAGCAUUGGUCAGAGCAGCCAGGCAUCUUCGUUUUGUAUUCACGGGAAGGACACCUGACUCAGUAAUCAUAGAGUCUUUGGGACAGGAAGAAAGAUAUGAACUGCUAAACGUCCUGGAAUUUACCAGCACUAGGAAGAGAAUGUCAGUGAUAGUUCGCACACCAUCAGGAAAGUUAAGACUCUACUGCAAAGGAGCUGAUACUGUAAUUUAUGACCGUCUUGCUGAAAGUUCAAAAUACAAAGAAAUCACCUUAAAACAUCUAGAGCAGUUUGCUACAGAAGGCUUAAGAACUCUGUGUUUUGCUGUGGCUGAGGUUUCAGAAAGUGAUUAUCAAGAGUGGUUAGAUGUCUAUCACCGUGCUUCUACAGCUAUACAAAACAGAGCACUCAAACUUGAGGAGAGCUAUGAACUAAUUGAAAAAAAUCUUCAGCUGCUUGGAGCAACAGCAAUUGAAGAUAAACUACAAGACAAAGUGCCUGAAACCAUAGAGACGCUCAUGAAAGCAGACAUAAAAAUUUGGAUACUUACUGGGGACAAACAAGAGACUGCCAUUAACAUCGGUCACUCCUGUAAACUUUUGCGAAAGAACAUGGGACUAAUUGUUAUAAAUGAAGGCUCUCUUGAUGGAACAAGAGAGACGCUUAGCCAUCAUUGCAGUACUCUUGGUGAUGCUUUAAGGAAGGAAAAUGAUUUUGCUCUCAUCAUUGAUGGUAAAUCUCUGAAGUAUGCUUUGACAUUUGGAGUGAGACAGUAUUUCCUGGAUUUGGCUUUGUCAUGUAAAGCUGUUAUUUGUUGCAGGGUAUCACCACUUCAAAAAUCUGAAGUUGUAGAAAUGGUUAAAAAACAAGUUAAGGUAGUAACUCUAGCGAUUGGUGAUGGAGCAAAUGAUGUUAGUAUGAUACAAACAGCACAUGUUGGUGUUGGUAUUAGUGGGAAUGAAGGUCUACAGGCUGCUAAUUCUUCAGACUACUCAAUUGCUCAGUUCAAGUAUUUGAAGAACUUGUUGUUGGUUCAUGGAGCCUGGAAUUACAACAGAGUAGCUAAAUGCAUCUUGUAUUGUUUCUACAAGAAUAUAGUCCUUUAUAUUAUCGAGAUCUGGUUUGCAUUUGUCAAUGGGUUUUCUGGACAAAUUCUUUUUGAAAGAUGGUGUAUAGGUCUUUACAAUGUGAUGUUUACAGCAAUGCCUCCACUAACCCUUGGAAUAUUUGAGAGAUCCUGCCGAAAAGAAAACAUGCUGAAAUAUCCUGAGUUAUACAAGACUUCCCAAAAUGCACUGGACUUUAAUACUAAGGUUUUCUGGGUUCAUUGUUUAAAUGGCCUCUUCCACUCAUUCAUUCUGUUUUGGUUUCCACUAAAAGCCCUCCAGCAUGGUACUGUAUUUGGCAAUGGUAAAACUUCAGAUUACCUGCUCCUGGGUAACACUGUAUACACUUUUGUGGUUCUAACUGUGUGUUUGAAGGCUGGAUUAGAGACCUCAUAUUGGACUUUGUUCAGCCAUAUAGCUAUCUGGGGCAGCAUAGCACUUUGGGUAGUGUUUUUUGGAAUCUACUCUUCUUUGUGGCCAGUCAUUCCUAUGGCACCUGAUAUGUCAGGAGAGGCAGCUAUGAUGUUCAGCUCUGGAGUGUUUUGGAUGGGACUUCUAUGUAUUCCUAUGACAGCUUUACUUUUUGAUGUAGUAUACAAAGUAGUAAAGAGAGCUACUUUUAAGACACUAGUAGAUGAAGUUCAGGAGUUGGAAGCAAAGUCUGAGGAUCCUGGGGCAGUUGUGCAUGGCAAGAGCUUAACUGAAAGAGCCCAACUACUGAAGAAUGUUUUUAAGAAGAACCAUGUGAACUUGUAUCGCUCUGACUCUCUGCAGCAAAACUUGCUUCAUGGCUAUGCCUUCUCUCAAGAUGAAAAUGGAAUAGUUUCCCAGUCUGAAGUAAUAAGAGCUUAUGAUACCACAAAACAAAGGCCUGAGGAAUGGUGAAGGAACACAGCUCAAGAUUUAGGCCUUAGCAGUUACUUUUGUGAGACAGACUACUAGAUCUUUGCUGUGAGCUGCAACCAUGGCCCAGUUAUCAGAGAUUUAAAGAUCUAUGAUGGUCUUGUUCCAUAAAGUUUGGAUUUGUGUAUUCAGUAGACAUAAGCACUGUGCAACUACACUGUAACACACCAUCUCUAAAUUUUUUAACAAGUAUUUGCUUAGCCUUUGUAAACAGAUUGGAAUUUACCUUGUAUCUUGCCAGCUUGCUUAUUUUACAAUGAAGUUGAAACAAUACUGGUCAUAUACUCAGAAGGCAAUGGUCAAAUCGCUAAACAUACUUUACAUUGACAGACCAUUAGCAUCUGUGAAGGUUUUUAAGUGUUAAUGUAAUUAAAUACAGUUGAUAACAAGCCUUUGAUUUCAACAAGUGCUGAAAAAAAAUAGUAUCUUAAUGGUGUUAAUUCACCUUCUUUGAGAAAGCUUUUGAGUCAAGAUGUUUAUAGAUGUUUGUGUCAAACUAACCUAAAAACGUUUGCCAAAGAAGUUCCAUAAAUGUUUUCUGUUGUUACAAAUAAUUUGAAAGGAAAUUAACUCCAGUCCUGAUCUCAGAACUGCAUGCUUAAGUCUCCGCACUUGAGGAGAAAGAUUUACAGUACAGUGAGUCUAAUUUGAGUGGCCUUUACGGCAUUUGCUUUCAAAACUGCAAGUCUUUGCACCUUUGGCCUUAUACAAGCUUUUCCCUUAUUUUCAUUUAGUAUUGCGUAUGUUGAAAAUGGCUGCCACCUUGUAAAAUUGAGUACACAUAUUAUUUUGCUUGAUUUUUAAGAAUUGCUCUGCCUUACUUCCCUUUAGCAAACUUUAUUUUUGUGAUGCAUAGUUGUAUCUGCUUGUACUGUAGGUUCAAAACAAAGUUUGUUUUAACUUAUUUUUUAAAAUUACUUAAAUUUUCAACAUUUUUAUACUAAAAUUAUUUGAAAUGCAUACAUUGAAAUAGCAAAGCAUGCCCUUCGCUAGUCUGUGGUGUGUACUGUUUUAUUUGCACUAAAGCCACUUCCUAUGAAGGUGUGAAAUACGUUGCAGCAGCCUCUUUACAACUUACUGGUCAUACAGAAUACCUAUAUACUCUCACCUUUAAUGAAAAAUGGAGAGGAAGUGACUGCAGAAAAAGAUACACACCUGGUUUAAGGAAAAAAAAGGGGGGAGGGGGUGUUAAAUGAGAACAUUGUGAUAACUUUUUUAAGUAGUUAUACUUGGUAUUUCUCAGCUUACCACCUAACAACCACCAGGUUUCAAACUAAGAAAAGCUACUUUAACUUCAGAAUUUAGGUAAAUCUUGUAGCUUUUUGGUCCAUGUUUAAUCCUGAGUUUAAAAGCCACCAUAAUGACAUUUAAAAUACAUUUUUCUAUAGUAGCAGUUGGUUUUAUUUUUAAUUAAACUUCUGUGCAUUACAUAGAAAUUAUCUUUUUUUUUUCUUUGAACGGAGAUCAACUAGAUGGAAAAGCAGAACAAUGACAUCCCCAAUGAUCUGUUAAAUUAAGAAUUUCCUCUUUGCUCUCCAAAUCAUCCACUUUCAACUUAAAAGUAACAAGUCAUCUAAUCCCAUCUUUUCUCUGCCCUCCUUCAUUACCCAUAUACUUACUAAAGGUGACUUUACCUCACCUUUCAUCUAACUAAACACUUAACUUACAACUUUAUUGCACUAUCCAAGUUUCUUAUGCUCUAUUCUGAAAGAAACUUAUAAAUGCACAUGGAAAGCCCAACAAAAGGCACUAUAUGAAAGUACAUAUUUAGGAAGGCAUAUCACUGGGAAGACAGUCUGCAUUUCAUAUGCAUGUUAUGCAGUGUCUUCCUCUCACUUUCCCGGAGUGAUCUUUAAACAGAAACAGAAGACACAGAAACAAAGGGAACGUAUCCCACUAGAAACAGUACUGCCAGUCAGUCAUGCAGACAAGAACUGCCUUCAGAAAAGCCAUUUCAGGCAUAGAUAAAUAGAUGGAUCAAUAUGGGAGGGCCAAAUCACUUGACCUAAGGCAAGAAAAAAUUUGGGGGCAUGCCCCUUUCCUAAAAUGGGGAUCCCGAUUUUCUGUCAUCCAAGGGACAAUGACCAACUUCAAAACAUUUCUGAAAUUUACCAUGACACUCUUGCUCCUUUAUAAUCUUUCAGUGUACUUAACUCAUAUAGAAUGACUCAAUCCAUACAUACAUAUUCUUUAUGGGUAAAUUUUUUAUUAUUAUUGGGCUUUUUCUGUUCUAAAUGGUUUAAUUGCUGAUUUUGCAGAGAAGGACAUGAGGACUAGAAUACAUUGUAAAAUAUUUACAAUGAGAAAUUUACAUGAUGUCUUAUUCUUCCUAUGAAAUAGAAUUCUGUCUCAGCAUUGUAAUAGUUUGUGGAAAAUAACACACAGUACAUCCCCAGUUUAACUAUCUUAAAAAGGAAGAAAGCAACUGAAACAGCUCUAAGAUCCUAAAUUUAGACUGUAAUUUAAGGUUUUUAACAUAGUCUUACCACAGCCUUUCAUCCUUAUGUCUUUACAGAAUUUGAAGUAGUAUUUCAUGAAGUGCAUUUUCCAGUUUUAUUACUUCUGAUGGGUUUUUCUCCUGUCUCUGUAUUUUUUCUGGUAAUUAGUGGUUGGAAGAUACCACUGCUUGGAAAUAGUAAAAAAGACAAUGUGGCGAUUCUAACUAUCUUUUUCAAUUGCUCAUACAAUUCCAUUUUCAAAUAUAAGAUCAUCUUAGCUAUGUGUCCCCAUUUUUAAAUCAGGUCAAGUAUACAAUAUGCACUUUAUUUUCAUGUUGAGUACACAGUAAUAUAAUCUAUUACCAUCCUGUUAGUACAUCAUAUCUUUGUUAAAAUAAGGGGAUUGUGUUGAUGUUUGUUUAAAGAAAAAAACGUUUAGGCAAAAAUGCUUGUAACAAUGCCUCUGUUCUUAUUGUUUGAAAAUUCAGAUUUGUUUUAAAUAUAGAAUUCACAUGGACUUUUCCAUCUGUUUCAUGUGCACUGCAUAACAAUUACAAGUUAGUAUUAAAAAUUUCCAUCAAAAAGUUGAACCAGUGCCACUUAGAAAUCGGGUAUCUUAUAUAAAUACUGUUACUUGAUUAUUUUUAAAUAUAUACAUAUUAUAUAUAAAUGAUUAAAAAGAGUAAGUAGCAGGAAACAAAUUUUAACAAACCUAUUGGCAGUUUGUAUUUAGAAUUUUUUCUUGCCAUUUCCUAAUUUUGCACUUAUUUUUGCAAAGCAGUUUCAACAGAUUUAUACUUACUCAUCAUGCUAUUUGUAUAAAAUGAUAAAUAAAAUAUUUUGAAACACUAAGAGAUAGCUGAAGAUUCCUGUAUGUCCACAUGCAUCCAUAAAAUUCACUGUGUUACAAAGAUGCACGUUAAGUGUCUUAAGACUUCUUUCAUUUAGACCCGUCUUGAAUGAUGAGUAAUUUGGAAUAUGUGUUAAAUUUAAGGAGAGAAGUUUUUUCCCUUUUUUUCUUAUGUAUUGUGUAAAAGCACUUGUAGUUCUGAUUAAUUUGUCAUUCUGUCUGCAUGAGGCAAUAUUUCUAAGUGUUCUGAGGCAAUGCAUGGUGGUUGCUGUUCCCUGUUUUUUAAUGCCUUUGUUCAAAGUCUGCUCAUAAUAUAUGGAGAAGCUAGCGCUAUGUAAGCAAAUAAGUUUGUCAGUUCAACUUUCUCGGUACUGGAUGUUUUCAUUGGUAACAAAACUCAACAAAUGAGUUUCUUCCCCCCCCGCCCUCGCUCCCCCAGUUUCCUCGCUGUUAACUGAUAGAUCUUAAUUAAACAAAGGAAUAUUUUAGCAUUCCAAACCUGGUUCCUGCUUAUGCAAACUGUUACUCACAUAGGCUUCGACUGGACUGUUUGUGAGUAUAAGGACUAGUCAUCUGAGCAAUGGUGUGCAAAGUUGGGCACUUUGGAGGGUUGAUACUUUAACUUAAAUGAAAGCAUUUCCAUAUAGAGAGUGAUCUGUAAUUGCAAAGCUGUGACCAGAACAAAUUUUUUUUAAAUCAUAUUUUAUGGUGUUUCUUUGUUGUAGAAUAGAAGCCAUAAAUGCAUUAAUAUUGUUUUUCUACUUCAAAGUAAUUUUUCAUUAAGAUUUUCAGUGUUCGAUAUGUAUGAACCGCUGCAGAAAGCAGUCAGUAUGUAAUAGCAAAAUUUGCAUUCAAGGUAAAGUGAGGUUUUACAGCUCCACUAAGCCAUUACUGCUGAAACUGUUGUGGAAAUUAUGAAGCUGCAUGAAUGAAGACUUUUUGACUUGGUGUUUAUGGUAGUUUCUCAGGUUUAGUUUUAACUGGAUGUUAAAUGCACUGUGUUUUAUAAAUAGUUCUUCUCUUUUAGUAACACAUUCAGUUCUAUGCAGUGUUACAUGUCAUUUGGCAUUUGGUGAAUGUGCAUGUUUUGAACUGCAAAUUUUAAAUGUUUUGUCUUUUAAUUGUUAAAAAAUGAAUAAACUUUGCCAUUAAAUGAAGAA